UUAGCAGAAAGAACAGAUCACCGACAGACGAGAAGAGACGAGACGACCGAGGCAGACGGAGCAGCAGCAGUAGAGGAAGGAGAAGAAGAGGAAGAAGAAGGAGGGACAGAAGAGCAGAGAGAAAACGAGAGGAAGAUAGAAGAAGAGAGGAAACGCAGAGCAUCAUGGACGUUCUGAAGAAGGGAUUCUCCAUGGCGAAGGAUGGAGUGGUGGCCGCCGCCGAGAAGACGAAGGCCGGAGUGGAGGAGGCCGCCGCCAAGACCAAGGAGGGGGUCAUCUAUGUCGGAAACAAGACAAUGGAGGGAGUGGUGACGAGUGUUAACACAGUUGCCCAGAAGUCGACCGAACAGGCCAACAUCGUCGCUGACACUGCAGUUUCUGGAGCCAACGAGGUCGCCCAGGCAGCGGUGGAGGGGGUGGAGAACGCAGCUGUGGCGAGCGGAUUCGUCAGCACGGAGGAGGCGGGACCAGUGGCUGAGGAGGCUGACCUCCCAAAAACAGAAGCAGGAGGUGAACAGACUGAACAGGCUGCACAGUAGACUCUGCCGUCACAGAAGACGAACAACUGAGGAGAAACUUAACAUUUUAGCCGUCGCUCGACGCUUUGACCUCUGACCCUCCCGAACCCUCAGAGAUGCUUUAUCUACCGCGUGUAACUUAGCCACAUUAACCAAUAGAAAUCCCCAUCCUCCCUCCUGUUGCCAUGGUUACACAGCCUCUGCAUCAUACUCGUCACUCAUCACACACACACAGACACACACACACACACAGAUUUGUUUAAUCAGGUCAGAUUUGUUUGCUCUCAGCUGAUUGGUCGGUGUGAGAUGAGUCAAGUGUCCUAGAAACCCCACCCACUUUGUGUCAAUCAAGCUGACCCCGCCCCCUGACAGACAGGUAUCUGAAGCCUUUUAAAUGCAUGUCGCUUUACUGACACACACUUAAUACACUAGAAAACACACAAACUAAUGAUGAAUCCUGUAGUUUACACACACACACAGUCUGUUGUUGCAGAGGUGAUUUCUUCUUUUAUAAAAACAACAGAAGUGAAAUAAAGUUUGAAAUCCA